AUGUCAGAACACGUACCGGCUUGGAAAAGAUUUCAAAUCAAAGGAUCAGAUGAAGGUAAGAAGGUUGAAGAUGAACUAGACUCGUUGAUUGUGUCAACACAUCUAUCAACUGGGUCGCUUUCGAAGAAGGAGAAGAAGAGGAUUAUACAGGGCCAUAAGGGUGAUGUUGGUACCACGAAUAAGGUCAGCAAAAAGAGCAAAGACAGGAAAAGAGAGAAGUUGGCUAAAGAAGAGAGACUAAAGAAGAAGCAGGUUGUUUUGAAGGAUCAAUUAAGAUAUUUGAUUAACUUCUACACCAUGAAGCUGGAACUGGAAUUACCAGAAGCUGUCAAGGAACUACCUAGUGUCAAGGAGAAUAUAGCGCUUCAGACUGGUGCGGAAGAAGAAGAACAGAAUACAGUAAAGGAAGUUUGGAAGUUUAGCAAGCAGAAACAGAACUGGCUCAUCAAGCACUUUACUUUCCUAGACGAAAUCCCAGCUGAAUUUGAUCCUCUUAUGGUCAAGUAUUUCAAGGAUCUCCAAGGUGGGUCCAAGGAACAGCUACAGAAAAGUUGUCUGGAAAUCGUAAACAGAUAUAACGAGUGUAUGGAGAAGCAAAAGGAAGAAAUGGCGAAGAUUGUUUUGGGAGAGGCCGAAACAGAUAAGAAAGAGGAUGCUAAGGAUGCUGACAAGGACGAGUCCUCAGAGGAAACCAAAGAGGAUUCCAAGGAACAAACUGCAGCUGAGAAGAAGGACGAAAUAUUACCACCUAGCAAAGAUCUUUUAAAGAGAGCCUGUUCCAUGCUAGACGCUUGGAACAUUCAGUACCAGCUCGUAGAAUGA